GGCCCCCGAACACCCGAACACCAGAUCACCCAUCCUCCCGGCCCAGUCCUGAAACCCGCUUCACCACGCCAUCAUCAUCGAGAUAUCGCCAACCCUACAGAACACUCAAUCGCCCGCAGAACCACUUUGGACUCUACAGACCCAGGCAAUACAGGCGAAAUGUACACCAGCGAAAGGUUCGUUUAGACAGAUGGCUCUCUACGCCCGCGCAAGCACCACAAUCGGCAAGCGAUUUCAGUAAAUGGUUCACGAUUCUCGGUCUCCUGUCACCUAUUGAUACCCCCAUUUCUUAUCCACUAAUUCGACUACACAAUCACUAAAUCACCAACCCUCUUCCCCCCCGACGGCGGACGAUGGACGAUCCAGGAUGGACUUGGCCAUAUUGGAAGUUCGGAUUGAAGAAGGAUGACCUCUUCACCAAGCUGCACGACCAGUACAACACUUUCCCGUCCUCGAUCCAGGACCCCGAGGCCUUCCACCACGACGUCUUCGAGAUCUCAACCGAGGCGAGCACCGCGGACCAGUUCCAUCGUCUUCUUGCCAACCGCAAGCAGCAGCGUCUCUGCGAACUGAACAACUCUCUCGAAUCUGCCUCGCUCGAAAUCAUCGCCAACCCGACUCUCGUCGGCACCGAGCAGUGGCAAUACGCUCUCCAGCUCUUCCGCACGAAGUCGUUGGACUCUCUCGUCCGCUACUUUGCCUCGUAUCUCCCCCACGACCAUCCAUGGCACUCUCCCGACGGCAGUACCUCGUCCGGUUCGGAGUUCGACAGCGUCGACUCCAUCACCGACUCACACUCGCACGGCUCCUUCUUCGACGCUGAUGACGAGAGAGCUGCGGUUGUACACGAACCCUUUCCCAUCUCGACGUGUAUCGAGGGUCACCUACCACCGUCCCCUCGCUCCAUGACGAUGUGUUCGGAUGGGUCUGUCGACGUUGUUCAUCACACCUACACUCUGGAUAACAUGACUCCAGCACGGAGUCUCUCCUUCUCAGAGUCCGAGUCGGAGCACUUUGCUCUUCAGGAUUCCCGAUCCCAUCUUCACGAUGACGAUGCCUCACAAUCUUCCGACCCCGGGUCGCCCAUCACGACCAUAUCGGAGAUGUCAGACAUGGCACACUUCGAGAUGCUGGAGAAGGAGGAUGGUGUCGAUGCCAACGAAGACGAGCCGACCGAGGCUCCUCAACCCCCAGAGGAGGAGAUACAGGAGUCGGAUGAUAUGGAGACGCCGACCCCAAAGCCCGAAGCCCGAGCGACAUCCUUCUUGGAUGCGAAGCCAUCACUACCUCACCGACGACACCGAAGCUUCUCACCGUCGUGUCCACACCCCCUCUCACGAGUACACACGCAUCUACCACACCACGACAACCGAAAAGCACAACGCACACCGAGGCUUCGCAGGAGGGAUUGCAGUCCAGGUCAGGAGAGGAGUCGUCGCCCUGGAGAAGCAGCGACUCGCGUACGGAAACCGUUGCCAGACCCGAUCAGGUCGAGGCCCAGAGGACGGAGAAGGGCAGACUGCUAACGAUCGUGGUUCCUUGGUGUU